AAUCAUUUUCAUUUUCUGUGAAAACUUAAAAAAACCAAAAAAUUAAAUAAAAAAUCGGCAAAAAACAAGUUUUAUUCAAAGUUUAAAAGAAAAAUGCCUGCCUUAGGAGAACACACCGAGAUUCCAAUGGACAUGGAAAACCCUCAAUACAAUUAUAAAAAAUUACCCGAUGAAAUUGUGAUCUCUGGUUUCUCCGGACGGUUACCAGAAAGUUCAAAUAUCCAAGAAUUCAAAGAGAAUUUAUUCAAUGGAGUUGACAUGGUAAAUGAUGAUCCUCGUCGUUGGCCAAAUGGUUUGUACGAUUUACCAACACGAAUUGGUAAAAUGAAGGAUGAAGAUAUGGAAAGUUUCGAUCAACAAUAUUUCGGUGUGCAUCAAAAACAAGCCGAAUGCAUGGACCCACAAAUAAGAAUGUUGCUCGAAUUAACACACGAAGCGAUCAUUGAUGCCGGUGUCAAUCCGAAUGAAUUGCGUGGCAGCCGUACUGGUGUGUACGUUGGUGUUCAAAGCGCCGAAGUUGAACAGUAUUGGUGCGGAAAUCCCGAUCCGGCUAAUGGUUAUGGUGUAACUGGUUGCGCUCGGGCUAUGUGUGCCAAUCGAAUUUCGUACAGUUUUGAUUUCAAAGGACCAAGUUGUGCGAUUGAUACCGCUUGCUCAAGCUCAUUUUAUGCAUUGUCACUAGCGUUCUCCCAUUUAAAAUCUGGCGAAUGUGAUUCUGCUAUUGUGGCCGGAACUGGUCUUAUUCUAAGGCCAACGAUGUCAUUGCAGUUCAAACACUUGGGUAUGUUGGGCGCCGAUGGAAAAUGCAAAUCAUUCGACGAAAGUGGAGCUGGUUAUGUACGAUCUGAUGGUUGUGUGGUUAUCUUUUUGCAAAAGGAAAGCCAAGCUCGUCGUAUUUAUGCAUCAAUUUUGAAUGUUCGCACAAAUACCGAUGGUUUCAAAGAGGAGGGCAUCACAUUUCCCAUUGGUAACAUGCAAACUCGAUUGAUGCGUGAAACUUACAACGAAAUUGGAUUGCAUCCGAAUGAUGUUGUGUAUGUUGAAGCACAUGGCACUGGUACAAAAGUCGGUGACACACAAGAAGUGAAUUCAAUCACUGACUUUUUCUGCAAAAAUCGUAAAACGCCAUUGCUCAUGGGCGCUGUAAAAUCAAAUAUGGGACAUGCUGAAUCAGCUUCUGGUGUAUGUUCGAUUGCUAAAGUUCUUUUGGCAAUGGAAACCGGUAUUAUUCCGGGGAACUUGCACUAUAAAUCACCAAAUCCCGAUUUACAAGGUAUUAUUGAUGGCCGCCUUAAAGUUGUCGACCGAAACACAGCAUGGAGCGGUGGAAUCGCCGCAUUGAAUUCAUUCGGUUUUGGUGGCACUAAUGGCCAUCUCAUCCUUCGAUCGAAUACAAAACGAAAAGUAUUAACACCAAGAAAUACAAUUCCACGUUUGGCUGUACUCUCCGGUCGUACCAGUGAUGCUGUCGACUUGCUUCUGGAUGAAAUUGAAAAAAACAAAACUGACGAUGAAUUCAUCGGAUUAGUCAAUAAAAUCCACUCAAAGAACAUUCCAUUGCAUUACUCACGUGGUUAUGCUGUUGUUGAUUGUGACAUUACGACCGUUCGCGAAGUGAAUGAAUUGGUCGACGACAAACGCCCGGUCUGGUAUAUUUACUCUGGACUUGGAUCUCAAUGGAGUGGCAUGGCUAAGGAUUUGAUGCAUUUGGAAGUGUUCCGUAACAGCAUCAAUCGUUGUGCAGAUGCUUUGCGUCCAGAGGGCUUUGAUUUGGUUAAAGUUCUCAUGGAAAGUGAUGAAUCGGCAUUCGAUGAUAUUUUGAAUUCAUUCGUUUCGAUAGCUGCUAUUCAAGUUGCUCUCACCGAUGUCUUAACCCACUUGGAAAUCACACCGAAUGGAAUCAUCGGACAUUCGACCGGUGAAUUAGGUUGUGCUUAUGCGGACGGUUGCUUUACACCAGAACAAACCGUUUUGGCUGCAUAUUGGAGAGGACGUAGCAUAUUGGAAACAAACUUGAAAAAGGGUAUGAUGGCUUCGAUUGGUUUAACUUGGGAAGAAACAAAGGCACGUGCUCCAGCCGAUAUCGUUGCCGCAUGUCAUAACAGCACUAGCAAUGUCACCAUUUCAGGAUCACCAGAAUCGAUCAUAAAAUUCCUCGAUGAACUCAAAAAAGAUGGUGUAUUUGCUAAGGAGGUCAACUCAUCAGGCUAUGCCUUCCACAGCAAAUACAUUGCUGAUGCUGGACCAAAAAUGAAUAAAUCAUUAAAACGUAUCAUUCCAAAUCCAAAGCCCCGUUCGUCUCGUUGGAUCAGUACCAGUUUACGUGAAGAAGAUUGGACAUCAGCCAUGGCUCAAAAAAGCUCAUCGGACUAUCACGUAAACAACUUUUUGUCUCCAGUUUUGUUCCACGAAGCCCUUCAAAAGAUUCCAAAAAAUGCUAUCUGCAUCGAAAUAGCCCCAACUGGUUUAUUGCAAGCCAUUUUGAGGAGAUCAUUGGACAGCGAAACCAUCAAGUUGAGCUUGAUCAAAAGCGGACACGAAAAUAAUCUUUGUUUCUUCUUGCAAAACAUCGGAAAAUUAUAUGCCGCUGGUGCUCAACCACAGGUCUUGAAAUUGUAUGCCCCUCUUUCAUACCCAGUUGGUCGUGGAACAGCUAUGUUAAAUUCGACAGUUGGAUGGGAUCACUCACAGCGCUUUAUUGUUCCAAAACUCGGAAAUCUAACCUCCGGUGAAACAAUUAUUGAGGUAAACCUUUCCAAAGACGAAGACACAUAUUUGGCUGGUCAUGCAAUAGAUGGUCGUAUUUUGUUCCCAGCUACUGGUUAUAUGACAUUGGCGUGGCGUACAUUCGCAAAAAUAAAGAACAGCAUGUUCGAACAGACACCAGUUGUUUUCGAAGAUGUUGUUUUCCACCGUGCUACCAUUUUGCGAAAGGACGGCUCCGUCAAACUCGGCAUCAAAUUCUUCGAUGGAACCAAUCGUUUUGAAAUUUGUGAAGGAGGUUCAUUGGCUGUAUCUGGUAAAAUCUAUGUACCCGAAGAUAUUGAAUCCGAGGAAUUGCCAUUGGAGCCACUUGAACAAGACAAAUCAGGUCUGACAUUGAAACUCAACGAUGUCUACAAGGAGUUGCAUAUUCGUGGUUACGAUUAUAGUGGUGAAUUCUGUGGCAUCAAGGAAUCCAAUUCGAAAGCCACUACUGGUAAAUUGCAAUGGCAAAACAAUUGGGUCACUUUCAUCGAUACCAUGUUGCAAUUUAUUAUUAUGGGCAAAAAUGACCGUGAAAUUUACUUGCCAACACGUAUAGAACGUGCUGUUUUUAAUCCAAGCAAACACUUGGAAAUGGUCGAACAUUUCAAACAAAACAAAGCUGAUGUUCCAGUUUAUAUGUACAAAGAUCUCAAUGUCGUUAAAUCGGGCGGCGUUGAAUUGCGCGGAUUGAAGGCUUCAUUGGCACCUCGACGUCCAGGCACACAAUCACCAAUCUUAGAACAAUAUAUGUAUGUACCAUUCCAAAAUGCAAAUGAAGAUUUAUCAAAGAACGCCGAACGUGCACGUUUCCAUGCCAUUUCUGUUUCAACUCGUGUGGCAGCUGAAAACAGUGGCGGUGCAUUGAGAAUUAAAGUGGCUGAAGUUAUUGAAAAUAAAACAGCCGAAAAUUCCCUUUCACAAACCAUUCAAACCAUCAUGCAAUCUGAGCCAAGGUUUAGUAGUGAGGUCAUUAUUGUAACCAAUCAACCAACUGAACCGUAUAUACAAGCCGUCGGAGAAUCGGGCAUUCGUGUUGUUUUCAAAGAUCCAAGCACUGGUCCAGUUGAAUCAAACUGUCAUCUAGUCAUUGCUUACGAUGUUGUUCCACGUUCUAACGCUAAAACUGUUAUUGAUAAUCUUAAAUCAUCAAUCCGUGAAGGUGGUUUCAUUUUGCUCGAAGAAAAUGUUGUCGGUUAUGACGAGGCCACUGCAAACAAAUUAUUCAACAGUUUAAAUUUAGCAAUUAUCUCGGUUCAACGUGCUAACGACAAAUACUUUAUUUUAUUGCGUCCAAUCGUCGAUUUGGCCACUCGAAACAAGACCGUCAUCAAGAUCACCGAAAAGAAUUACUCAUACCUUGGACAAUUGCAAACAGCUUUGGCGAAUGCUGAAAGAGAUAACACUUAUGUGUACAUUGUUGGACACGGUGAAGAACUAUUGGGCGCCGUUGGUUUUAUGAACUGCCUCAAAUAUGAAAACGGUGGAAAAUUUGCUCGUUUGAUAUUCGUACAAGAUGCAAAGGUUGAGCAGUUUUCAUUCACCAGCAAAAUGUAUGCCAAUCAAUUGAGCAAAGAUUUGAUCAUCAAUGUGUAUAAGAAUGGCGGUUGGGGAACAUUCAGACAUUUGAAAUUGGAUGAAGUUUCGAAAGUCCCCGUCGAGCAUGCUUACGUGAAUGCUUUGAUCAAGGGAGAUUUAUCAAGCUUAUCAUGGAUUGAAAGCCCAUUGACACAUCAAAUGAUUGAUCCGUUAGAUAAAAAAAAUGAAUUGUGCUCCGUUUACUAUGCACCAAUCAAUUUCCGUGACGUUAUGUUGAGCACAGGAAGAUUGGCGGCCGAUGCCCUGCCAGGUGAUUUACCGACUCAGGAUUGUGUAUUGGGCAUGGAAUUUGCUGGACGUGACUCAAACGGAAAACGUAUAAUGGCCAUGGUUCAAGCAAAAGCACUUGCAACAACUUGUGUUGCUCAACGAAAUAUGAUGUGGGAAAUUCCCGACAACUGGAGCAUGGAAGAAGCGUCAACUGUUCCGUGUGUUUAUUCAACGGUCUAUUAUGCUUUGGUCGUCCGCGGUCAAAUGAAAAAGGGCGAAUCGAUUUUAAUUCAUGCUGGUAGCGGUGGAGUGGGACAAGCAGCAAUCAAUGUUGCUCUACAUCAUGGAUUGACCGUUUACACAACAGUUGGUAGCAAAGAGAAGCGUGAAUUCUUGAAAAAGACCUUCCCUCAAUUGAGUGAUGCUCACAUUGGUAACUCGCGUGACACAUCAUUCGAACAAUUUAUCAUGCGUGCCACCAAAGGGAAGGGAGUUGACUUGGUUUUAAAUUCACUUGCCGACAAUAUGCUGCAAGCUUCAAUACGGUGCUUGGGUCUCGAUGGACGUUUCUUGGAAAUCGGAAAAGUUGAUAUGCACAACAAUUCGCCGCUAGGAAUGUCUGUGUUCUUGAAGAACACAUCAUUUCAUGGUAUUUUAUUGGAUAGAAUUAUGGCUAGUGAUGACAAAGAAAAGGAGUUAGUUGUCACUUUGGUUGCUGAAGGUAUUAAAAAUGGCGCCGUUCGUCCACUGCCAACAACCAUUUUCAAUGAAAAUCAAGUGGAACAAGCGUUCCGUUUUAUGGCCAGUGGUAAACACAUUGGAAAAGUUGUGGUGAAAGUGCGCGAUGAAGAAUCACGCGAAGUUCAAAAGCCAACCUCAAAACUAAUUGCUGCAAUUCCACGUACGUAUUUCUAUAGUGAUAAAACCUAUGUCAUUGUUGGUGGUUUGGGCGGCAUCGGCUUAGAAUUAGUCAAUUGGAUGAUAGCACGUGGUGCAUCAAAAUUCGUAGUAACAUCACGUAGCGGCGUUAAAAGUGGUUAUCAAUCAUUAAUGAUACGUCGUUGGACCGAAAAGGGUGUUAACGUUUUAGUUGAUACAAAUGAUGUGACAACAUUGGCGGGUGCACAAAAUUUACUCAAUGCAGCCACUAAAUUGGGACAAAUUGGUGGUAUUUUCAAUCUUGCUGGUAUUUUGCGUGUUAACUUGUUUGAAAAGCAAACAGAAGAUGAUUUCAAAGCAGUUGGUAUGCCCAAAGUAAAUGGAACCAAAUGUUUGGAUGCUGUUUCACGCAAACUAUGUCCCAAAUUGGAUUAUUUUGUUUGCUUUUCGACGAUAUCAAGUGGACGUGGUAUUGAUGGACAAACAAAUUAUGGGUUGGCCAAUUCUGGUAUGGAUCGUAUUUGUGAAAGUCGUCAAAUGGCCGGAUUACCUGGAAAGGCCAUCCAGUGGGGUGCUGUCGGUGAUACUGGGAUGUUCAUCCAAAAUACGGGCGAUAAUGAUGCUGUAAUCAUAGGCACCAUUCCUCAGCGUAUGGUCUCGGUUUUAAAAACCUUGGAUAUAUUUAUGCGCCAACCUCAUGCUGUACUUUCCUCAUUGGUUAUCUCUGGAAAGAAUAAAAAUGAAAGUGGAAAUUUGUCGUUGGUCGAUUGUGUUGCCAACAUCUUGGAAAUAAAAGAUUUGAAAAGUGUAUCAGAUCAAACAACAUUUUCCACUUUGGGCAUGGACUCAUUAAUAAGUGCCGAAAUUAGACAAGCAUUGGAACGGGAUUAUAAUAUUACAUUGAACGCUGCAGAAGUUCUACAACUAACUUUCGGCAAACUCAAAGAAAUGGCCGACCAUAAAUAAGUUAAUGAAAGUGAUGUUCAAGUGUAAAAUUAAUUUUUUUAAAUUGAAAUUUGAAACGUAUUCUAUAAAGCUUUUUCAAAAUUGUCUUUCAUUGCUAUUCAUAAAUUGAAACAUCUGUUGAAUCAUUUAGACAAUUUUUAAUAAACUCGUUAAUAAAAAGAAAGUCCGUGGUUUAAUUUUUUUUGGCAAAGUUAUUGUCUGAUAGAUUCCGUGACCAAUCACUAGAAACAUAUUUGCACUGGGU